UAUUUUGACGGGAAGGUCGGUCACGUGACGCGCCGCGCGGGGGCAGCGGCGCGGGGGCCGCGGGCCGGCUAGACUCUCCAGUAGCCGAGCCAUCCGUCUGCUGCUUUGACUGCGGCCGGUCGCCGGAAUCCACGCCCCCGUCUCAGCCGCCCGCAUCUAUUACGUACCAUUUCGUUUAGCUUUUCGACCGCACUAACGACGCGAUUAGAGACUACGAGAUCGCGAAACGAACCAUCGACCACGUGUGCCAUACGAAUAUAUAGUUCGAACGGCUCAUAAAUACGAAAUGUGAAGAGUUUAUUUGCGUAUUUUUGCACGGGUGUGCGUUCGGCGACGGGGCGGAGACGCCGACGCGGGGCGCGCUCGCCCGGUCUCGACGGCUCGGCUCACUCGCAGACAUGUCUCGGCCGCGGACGGAGCGCGGCGCGGCCGGCGCGACUCGCGCGGUAGUGUAACAUGCGCACAGCCCGUGUACCAUGGAUGUGGUGACUCCUCACAUAACGUCAGUGCUGAAGACGUACCAGGCGCACGCGCCGCGGAGCCUGCAGGGCCCGGGCGGGCAGGCGGGCCGGCCGGCGCGGAGCCCGCCGCCGCCGCCGCCCCAGCCCGCCGCGCCGCCCAUCCUGCUGGCGCCCGACCGGGUGCGCGGCGAGCGCGGGGAGACGUUGCUCGAGGGCGAGCCCAUCUCCUGCUUCAGCGUGGGCGGCGAGCGGCGCCUCUGCCUGCCGCAGAUCCUCACCUCCGUGCUGACGGACUUCACUUUGGAACAGAUUAAUAGAGUGUGUGAUGAGCUGCAGAUCUACUGCUCGCGCUGUACCCCGGAGCAGCUUCACGAGUUGAAAUCUACUAGUGUAUUGCCUCGCUCGGCGCCUUCCUGCGGUCUGAUCACGCAGACUGACGCGGAGCGGCUGUGUGCGGCGCUGCUGCAUACCCCGCAAGGCUCCCGGCCGCAUAAACUAUCUGGGUAUCGCGUCUACCAUGAAUGCUUCGGCGGCAGCCGCGGGGUGUUUUCGGCCGACUUAAACCUAGUGCAAUGUUUGGAGUGCCGUGCUAUGUACAGUCCGCGGCGGUUCGUCUGCCAUUCGCACGCCACAGAGAACCGAACGUGCCACUGGGGUUUUGACUCUGCGCGGUGGCGGCGUUUCUUGCUAGUGGCGGAUGAGGAGCAGGAUAAGGAGAAGUGUGCCGCGUUGCUGGACGCUUUGGAUGUCGACGAGCCGCAGAUCGUCGUUCCUCUUAAGCACGCUUUGAAGCGAAAACAGGUGGUGGAGACGGUGGUCUGCAAGCCCGAGCCUCCAGAGUCACCGCCGAAGAAGGCGCGGGGCGACGACUAUGGCUACGCCCUCUAUGUGGACCCCUACCUCCACUACAGAGCCCUCUCCGCCUUCCGGCCCUGGGGCAAGCGGGAACCCGUCCUGCAGCACCCGGAGCGCGUCGUCCGCGUCGCCGACUGCACCAGGUUCGAACGCGACUUCCAACCCAACGUGGCCCUCAAACCUCACACCCCCCCGGCUGACGACGUCACGUCUUCCACCUCCCCGCCUCCCCACUCCGAUCCCGAACUCGCCGCCAGGCUGCUCGACGCUGAAGCUAGGCUGGCAGAACUGGCCCGGCAGCUAGAUGAGAGAGAAUCGGAGCUGAUACGCAGGGAAGCGCGCCUGGAUGCCAGAGAAGCUGAGCUCGCCAGACGCGAGAGCUUGGCCAAGCCCAGGCCUAACGCUUCUCCGACCAAGGAGGACCCGCCCUGUUGACCGAAGACUGUCAUAACCAGGCUCUACUCCUACUGACGCGACGCGUCACCAAAGUACAAAAGAUUCGCUUAAAAAAGCGCUUGUAAAUUUAAUAUCCUUCUGGGACUGACCCGUUCUUUAUAAGGUACUUUAUACUCUUACAUUUUUUGUAGGUACAGUAGUUGAGGCGGUUUACCACUGGACACUUUCUGAUGUACAUAAUCAUAUCAAGUACAGUUUUCUGAAGUUAUUUAAGUUAUUUUUGUACACUAUAUUGUACACUUGUAGUUUCUUCGUCGUGCCAUCUGCAAGGUACCUCUGUUACCUGGACCUCAAUCUGUGCUUUUUUCAAUAAUUAUCAGAAUACUCACAUAAAUAUAGUGAAAUAGAUUUAACAUUUACAACCAUAAGCAUAAUUUAUACAGGGUUAUUUUUAAAUUUAUUUGCGCUAGGUUCGUAUGUUAAUAUUUAAAUAUUUUCAGUGUUGCCCGUUCUCUGUCGCUUCCGUGACAAAAUUGCGGAGCAUUCAGGUUUUAAAGUACACUACGAAAGUACUGCUGAGAUUAACAUCUUUAUAUUUUUCUACGCUAAAUAACUCUGUAUAAAACCUCAAACCAUACCAAAUAAUAAUAAAAUAGUAAUCGCACUCAUACUAUAGUACCCUCACGAUAAAAACUUAAAUAAAGGUUGUAUGCAUAUAAUUGAGAUAAAAAGGACUCUACAAAAAUGUUUCUUCAGAAUCGUAAAGUUUUGUGAAAUAAUGUUGUGCCUGAUGCCUGAAUGAUGUCAGCUCUUUUAUACUUAAGUAGGAUAAGAUGUCUUUACUGUGCGAAUGAUGUUAUUUUUUAUCCAUACCAUUAGGUAGUUUAUUUUCUGCACUGAUUCUUUCUGAUUCGAACUGAACAUUGCGUUAUCUUCUUUAAUUGUAAAUAUGCUGGUAACAUUACAAUCAGUGCUAUCCCAUUUUUUUUAUUUAAGGCCAUAACGGCCUACGACUUGAUUGUUUUUUUAAGCAUCAUUCGCCCUGUGAGGGUUUAAGCCUUAUGCCGAACGGUAUGGAAGGCCAACAAAAUUUUAAACCAUUAAUCAGGGAACGAUCCCGUAUUCUACCUCAUUGUAAAUAAAAUUAUAUUUGGCUAAAAAUAAGAGAGAGCGUUGGUUAAUUCUUUUUAGAUUUAAAAUUGUUUUGAUUUGGAGCAAUAAUAAGUCACUGCCCGAGACAAAAUGUACGUUCAUCUAUAUAAAUAUAAAGAUUUUUAAGCCCUCGUAAGUUACUGUUUUGUAAAUAUUCAAAGGCGGUAACUUGGAGCGCCUUUUUAAAUUAUUUGUAAUUUUUCCAAUUUGUUAACUGAUUGCUGUUUUAUCUCAAUAAAAGUGAGGUUGUAACACAUGUAACAAAUCAACAGAAAUGUACCUAGGUACGUAAUGAGAUACAUGUUUAAAAAAAAUCUAGCGGGGUCAUCAUUUAAACCAAAGCGUACGUAUAAAAGGACUUUUAGACGUUGAUUACUUAUUCUGUAGCAAAUCUUAGUCUUUGACACAAUUUUUCAUCACCAUUGUCAUCAAAAUCAAGGCAUACACUUUGUGUUUAAAUUAUCACGAUGCACCCUGGCGUAGGUAUUAUGGUCAAUCGUUUCUUGAUAACGUUUAUGGAUUUGUGAAGGGAACUUUCUUAACUAAAUGUUUUUCUACAGCCAUUUUAUGGCCUUUGCCAGUAACAGUGCAUUUUUCUUUUAGACCAUAAAUAAUUUUCCCUUCGCGUAAAAUUUUAUUACUUGUAAAUAUUUGUAUUUUAUAUAUUCAUGUACAUACAGUACGCAAUACGUGUGAAUCCCAUUUUUUUUGUAAUGGCAACAUUUGUAUUUGUGAUUCUUGUUUUGUCUAUGACUUUAAUGACGUCUCAAAUUUAAAAAGUUACGAACUAACGUCUCGGCCGAGAGAUGGCGCGAAGCGCGAUGAAAAUUGUGUGUGUCAUUGUAUUUGUUAUACAUUUGGAAAGUGGAAUAAAAUUUCACUUUUUUUUAAAGUGAAUAUAAUUUUUUUUAUCUUUGGCAAUGCUCAAAUGCCACAAAUUGUGUAAACUUCUGAUUAUCUCUUCUUAUUAAAGAGUGCUAUGUUAAACAGUAGAGUAAGCUAAGUUUCAGUUGUAGGUUAGGCUAUAUCUCUAGUCAGAGACAUUUUGAGAAAAUAAUUACCAUUUUACUUAUUAAUAAUAUAUUAUUACCACAAGCGAGUGUAAUGAGAAUAACUUAUUGUUUAAAACAUAAAAUUAGAGUUAAUUUAGAUGCGGACUGUAUGUCGGUAUAUAUAUAUAUAUACUAUAAAUGAACUAAAGUAAGCUGUUGUACUGAAACUUUUCUGUCAGUACCGUUGUUAAUGUUUUGGUGCUAUGAUAUUUUGGCUUGGCAAACUAAAUAGUUUUUUAUUGUAAAUAUAUUUUUAGUAUUUAUUGGCAACUAUUUCUUUUCUACUAAUUAGUUAUUGAAGUUUUUAAUGUAUUAUUAAAUUUCUAUCUGGGUCUUGCAAAUUUAAAAUUAAACAUGGCUUAGCCAUCGUCUGUGACUUAACCUAAAGUGUCGCUUUAAUUCGUAGCGUAGGUUGUAAUUUAUCCAUUGUACCGAUGGAAAAGUUUCACGAACGGUCUCUCACUGUCUUGCUAUUGAGAAAUAUUUUAAUGGUGCUAAAUAACAAAUGUAUUCUUUUCUGGGGUAACUCUGAAGGUUGUUUUUUAAUUUCUUAAAACCUUUGUUAAACCUGAGCUAGGACAGUAAGAGACCGACGGUACAUGUAAAUAAGGUAUUAUUUAAGUACGAUGUGGUACGUAUGCCAGGCUGUUAAAUCUAAAAUCUAGUGUAAGGCGCGAUAAAAACGAUUGUCUACGGUUCUUUCGUUAUUGCAAUUCCUAUUAUCUUGAUGUCAAUUUGGCGCCUAAAUACUCGCACAGUUGACAGAUGGCAGUAGUAUCAUUGAAAAUUAUCUGUGCGCAGUACUUCUUGAAUAAAUUUACCCUAAUUUUAUUACUAGUAACAUUAAAAACAAAAUUUAAAUAAGACGAAAGGAAAAGACAAAGUUUUUAUUGUGAUUGGUGAUUUGCCAGGGUAUAAAGUACUCCUGUGAUCUCAACGAACGUGCGUUAACGAAAUACAUCCAAUUGUUAAAAAAUGUGAAAGUCGCAAAAUAAAAGUAAACAAGAGUAGAUAUCAACUACUGUCAUUUUUAAUAGGUUGCCUUUGGGUUGAUUGGAAAAGCCGAAAAUGACUAGCUGGAUUAGAAAACACAUUAUGAGCGUCAUCAAAAAUUACUUUUUUUUUUUUUAUCCUAUCUGGCUUUUACUCCCCGCAAUUUUGCACGGGGUGAAUUUGCCAAUGUCGGUUUUUGACUUUCACACGUGAGGAGAAUGUUCGGUAGUCUGGGAAAUUACUUACCUAUGUUUAAACUUUCCUUUACAUAUUUGUCCACUACCCGAGGGUUGUCUGGAAAAAAUAUCGCCCUUUGGCGAUAAGACCGUUAAUUGCGUUACUGCUUUUAAUUUGAGAUUUGUAUUAUUUUCUUAUGUUGAUGUGUGCAAUAUUGUUGUUAUAUUACAUAUUGUGUUUUCUAAAUGGCUUUAGAAUGAAGUCUUGUUCUGUGCCAAUAUUAUUUAGCUGGCAACAUUAUGUAGUUAUAGUAAAAAAUCACCACAAACCAUAAUUUGUCACUCAGUGACAGUCUAAGCAGCAUAUUAUUGAGUAACAUUUUUUUUUACUUUAUUGUAAAGUGGUUAUCUUGAAUAAUCUAUACUGCAAACAAUAGCUUUCGUCCUUGUGAACAUUAUUUUUCGAUUCAGCAUUAGAAUGACAGUAGUAUUUUUUUAUGGCACCCACGCUCUGGCAUCAGGGCGUUUGGCCAGUUACAGUAGUAUAACAGUACCUAUGCUUUUGCCUAAGCUUUAUUGUUAGGUCUUAAUUAAAACUAAAAUUAAGGGUACCGCGUUUGAAACGUUCUAAGAUUUGUCACUGCCUUGUUAAAUUUGUUGUUAUUAUGUAUAAAAGUUUUGAAAUCUGUUUCUUUCAGUGAUAUAAUUCUUAAUACGUAAAAAUCGUUUUGAAGCAAGUCAUCAAAAGCGAGUGACAGAAAUUGAUAUUGUUUCGAUAUUGUAAAUUCAUCUUUGUCUGGCAAUUAUAGUUAGGUAUGCAUUUCUUUUCUUUAUAUGGCAAAACGACUGUGACGUCGCCACAUCAAAACACAAAGUAAUUUUUGGCAUAGUUGUGUACCUGUAGUUGCAUUUUUAAACUCAACAUUAUCAAUCCAAAUUGUUUCUACUAACACAGAUGAAUUUACACCAUCCGUGCGCUAUGCCUUAGCUAGUAUUAACAUGAGUCUACACAGGAAAGUCAUCACACUUAAACGUCAUUUCUCCAGUUUACAAUAAUGCGUAAUAUCUUGCCCAGAUUAAAAUUAGUCCAAAUUGUAAAGGCUGUUGCUUUACUGGCUGUUUGGGCAGUUAUUGGUGGCACUUUUAUUUUUUCUUUUGUGCUAGCAACACUAACUGUCACUUGUAUAUAUAUAAGUUAGGUUUUUAUGAAGUAUUGUUUUGUAACUUUGGGGUUUGUAGUGCACGAUUGCUAGAUGGCGCUAAUGUGAAAGAAAAAUUGGUUAAAAUAGAUUUGGUUUUUUUUGUAAAAAAAAUACUAGCGACAUCUAGUGACUGUUCUCUGUGUUAACCCUCGUUAGUUUUUACAUUUAGAGACUGUAACAGUAAAUUAUUUUAAAAUCGACUUUACGCCAGACUGGUUAUGAACUGUGUGUGUUAAUCAGAAAAUUGUUUGGAACUGUCUUAGAAAUCAUUUUCCCUUGGAGGAUAUAACCAAAUAGAGACGCCCUGUCUGUAAUUUUCUGUACAAAACAGUCUGCCGAUUUUUGCGGGUGAGGGGCACGUCAAAUGUAUACGUAGCGUAAAAAUAGCCAUGUCAGAUAAACGUCAGUUCAUACAAUGUGUAUGACCAUUGGUUAUAGUUUUGACAGAGGGGGAACGCCUGUUAACGGCUACUCCGUUUGGUUAUAUCCUCCAAGUUUUCAUCAACAGAAAGUAAGCUUGCCAUUACAAAAGUAAUUUUACUUAAGUUUCAAAUUCGAACUUAAGCAAUAUUUGACCAUCUAUUUCACUGAUGCAAAUGAUUUCUAAUUCUAAAAUAGUUUCUCUCCGUAAAGUAAAUUUAAAAUAAAAACUAUGUAGCGGUGACAAAAUAUCGUAUAUGUAAAGUACCUGAUAGCUUAGAAAAUAAGGUGAAGAUUCUGUUAUGCACACACAUGUCCGUAACAUGUGGUUUUGAAGUGUGAUUUUAUCAGAAAAAAUGCUUAUAAAUACCUUGUGGAGCAAUAAAAUGAAAUGAUUUCCAAAA